AUGACAAAUGGAGAUCAUUUAACAACAACCAAUAUUCGAUAUGGGUCAUUAGAUAACUCAACAGAUGAUGAUGAUGAUAAUGAUGAUAAUGAUAUUGUUGAUGUUUAUAUACAAGAUAAUAAUAAUAGUAAUAAUAGAAUAAGGAGUAAUAAUAAUAAUAAUGAUAUAAUAUUAAAUCAUAGUACUGAUAAUGAUAACGAUAAAGACAAGUUAUUCUCAAUAGGUGGUGAAGACCAACUACUAGAUAUGGAUAAUGAUCAAUACAGUUUUAAAGAUAUAAAGUUUCUAGAAGAGGGAGGUGGAGGUGAGGGAUACGAUGAAUUUGGUGGACAAGAUGGAGAUAUAUAUGGAGGUGGUGAUGGUAAUGAAUCAUCUAAACAACUACCAACUGGUGUAUGGCGAUUAGCAUGGUUUUACUUUUGUUUAACUUCCUAUUGGUUUAGUUUCUCUGCACUUCAAAGUGCUCUCACUUCUCUUAUUUGGCCAUCUCAAAUUGCUUCAAUAGUUGGAGAUGAAUUAAAAGAAAAGUAUUUGGGAUGGAUGCCAUUAUUUGGAAUAUUAAUAGGCAUUUUGUGGAUCGAUUCAAGUGUUUAUCCUCGUUACAAUGGGAUACCAGUUUGGUUUGAAUUGGGUACCGGUGCAUACACUGGUUUGCUCCCCGACAAGGUUCCCAAGUCAAAGACGGGUGCUGCCAGUGGCUACAUGGCAUUUUCCAACGCACUCGGCAAUCUCCUUGGUAUUGUAGGGUCAGGUGUCAUCAUCUCUUAUUCUCAUACAACUAUCGAUGAUACAUCUACAUCUUCACAAUCCUCAUCACUAGCAUCAUCAUCUAGUUCAAGUUCAACUACUGCACCAAUAGUAGAGACCAACUAUUUAUAUGUUCAUAUCUUUUUAUUAGUUAUUUUGGUCUUGUUCACAGUACCAACUAUUUUUGAGAUGGGUAUUUACUCGGUACUCCCAUAUUUCCAAUUCUAUCUCAAGGAUGUGAUUGGUGUUGGUGAAAAGGCUCCCAUUUACACAUCGAUGUUGUUGGGUGUCAUUGUCAUUACAUCUAUUCCAUCGAGUAUUAUUGCCGGUCCUUUAUCAGAUCGAUAUGGCCGAAAAUUGUUGGUAUACGUGUCGAGUGCUAUCAUGGCGGUGGCGACACUCAUGUUUUUGAUCCUCAGCUUCAAGCCAUCCCUGGUCGGUGUUAUGGCUACAGCUGCUAUUUUUGGAUGUGGAUAUGGUGCAUACCAAGCUGUCGAUUAUGGUCUCGCACUUGAUGUGCUGCCCAAUCAAGACACUGUCGCCAAGGAUCUUGGUGUGUGGCACCAAGCACUCGUCGUCCCUCAGGUCUUUGCCCCGCUCAUCACCGGUCUCGUCCUCGGUGCACUCAAGAGUCGCGGUCACCUGUUGGCUGGCUACAGUCUCGUCUUCUCCAUCACUCUGUUUUGGUUUAUCCUCGCCACCAUCAUGAUCAAACCAAUCAAAAUCUACAAAAAAGAACAUUUCAUUCCACUUGAUCAAUCAUCUUCCUCAAUAAUAAAUAGAAUCCGACAAAUUGCACUUGAUCAGUUAUGUGUAGUAAAUUGGGCUUGGUACUUGGAAGAAACGGUUGACAGAGGAAUUACUAAAGCAAAGGUGGACCAAAAUACACUCUCAUAUAUCGAAAGAUUCUAUUCUCAUCAUGUUAACCCCAAUUCAUUCACAAAAUUAAUGAUCAACCUAGGCACAAAGGUUAUCCCGCAAGGGGUGGCUUUUAGUUUAGAGUUGGCUGAUCAAAAAAGUUACUCUUUAUUUCCAGACUUGUUGACAGCAAGUACUGGAUUAUUUUUUCAAAUGGUCAACCCCUUUUUAAGUUUGGCCUGUUCUUUUUCGAGGACCGUUCAGUGGUCAGUUAAUUAA